AUGUUGGUAAAACCAUUGCCUUAUACGUGUGCUUCGACACAAGAUACCAGAUAUAAAUGGGUCAAAUUAUACCUCAUACCAACUUUUUUGACGAUUCUUUCAGUUUGUGUUCGAUUUUAUAGAAUUGAUAAAAAUAAAACUGUAGUCUGGGAUGAAGCUCAUUUUGGGAAGUUUGGAUCGUAUUAUAUAAAACAUGAGUUCUAUCAUGACGUUCAUCCACCUUUGGGUAAAAUGUUAAUCGGGUUGUCCGAAUAUUUAGCCAAUUUCGAUGGGGAUUUCGAUUUCGAAUCAAAUACUGAUUAUCCAAAACAUAUCAACUUCAUCUUUAUGAGAAAGUUUAAUUGUCUUUUUGGAGCCUUUGUCAUACCAAUUAUGUAUUACACAUUAUUAGAAUUAAACUUCAAUUAUUUUAUUACUCUAUUAGUGUCAUUAAUGAGUUGUUUAGAAUUAUCAUUCAUUGUACUUUCUAAAUUUAUCCUAUUAGAUUCCAUGCUAUUGUUUUUCACAUGUACAACUUUCUAUUUCUUAGCUCGUCUACAUAAUUUAAACGUUGCAAAGAGACAAUUCACUUUCAAUUGGUCUUUUACACUUCUUUGUUUAGGUAUCUCCAUCGGAUGUGUUUGUUCCAUUAAAUGGGUAGGGCUAUUCAUCACUGUCAUCGUUGGUCUUUACACUAUUGGUGAUUUAUUUUUAUUAUUUUAUCAAAAAAGUUUAUCUUGGACAAAAUAUAUUAAGCAUUGGCUCAUUAGAAUUAUAGAUUUGAUCAUCAUUCCAUUUUUAAUCUAUUUGUUUUGCUUUAAAUUACAUUUUGCUUUAUUAUACAAAUCUGGUACAGGCGAUGGUUCAACAAAUACUCUUUUCCAAAUCAAUUUACAAAAUAAUAAAAUUGAAUUAGGUCCAAGAAAUAUAGCAUUUGGUUCAUAUGUUACAAUAAGAUCAAAUGGCCUUUCUCCUAAUUUAUUACAUUCUCAUAAACAAACUUACCCAGUGGGUUCAUUCCAAAAUCAAAUUACAGGUUAUGGAUUUGCUGAUUCAAAUAAUAAUUGGAUCAUCGAAAAUACAAAUACAAAUGGGAAAGGUUUAGUUCGAGAUGGUAUGGAAAUUUUUUUGAAACAUGAUACUACACAAAAAUAUUUAUUCUCCUCUUUAGAAUUCCCAUCUAUUGUCUCCAAGGAUUCUUUGGAAGUAUCAGGUGCUACUGAAAACGAUGAUAAUGCGGUUUGGAUUGUGGAAAUUAUGGACCAAUUGAAAUCUGCAAAUUCUCAAUAUGAUGAUUCUUCAGAACCAAGUAAUGUGAUACAUCCAAUUUCUACUUUUAUUAGAUUCAAACAUAAGGCUACCGGCUGUUAUUUGACUUCAUCAGGAUUCUCCUAUCCAAAUUGGGGGUUCAAACAAAGUGAAAUCAUUUGCAAAUUCCCCUUCAGUGCAAGAGACAAAUCAGCUUGGUGGAAUGUAGAAGAACAUUGGAAUGAUAAUUUGGAUCCUUGUCCAAGUGAUUAUAAGCCUCCACAUUCAAAGUUCUGGACUGAUUUUGUUUUAAUUAAUUUUGCAAUGGCAUCUUCUAAUAACGCUUUAGUUCCAGACGAGGAUAAAUUCGAUAAUUUGGCUUCAAAACCUUGGGAAUGGCCAACCCUUUACAGAGGGUUAAGAAUGUGUAAUUGGUCUGGAGUAAUCUAUCGUUAUUAUCUUUUAGGAUCUCCUUUUAAUACUUGGUUAUCGACAAUAUCAUUACCAAUUUUCUUAUUAAUUAUAUUGAAACUGUAUUGCAGUUGGCAAAGACAAUCUAUAGAUUUAAAUUCCACUGCAAUUUUACAAAUUAUUUCAAUGGGAGUCUUACCUUUCCUAACUUGGUUAAUUCAUUAUCUUCCAUUUGUUACAAUGGCAAGAGUAACCUACAUUCAUCAUUAUUUACCUUCACUAUACUUUGCAAUGAUUGUCUUUGCAUUUAAUUUACAAUUGUUAUUCAAUAGAAUAAAUUCAAAGUUUAUUAGAUUCAACCUAAUGAUUGUAUUAUUUGGAGGAUGCGUUUAUUCCUAUUAUAAAUUUAAUCCUUGGGCUCAAGGUAUGCUGGGAGGAAACGAACGUUAUGAACAUAUGAAAUGGAUAAAUACAUGGGAUUUCUUACUGUAA